CAGGUCGGGAGGACGAGCACCGAGUCGAGGGCUCGCUUGCCGGGGCCGCCCGAGAGUUUUAAUCGCGGGCGCUUGGGCCGCCAUCUUAGAUGGCGGGAGUAAGAGGAAAACGAUUGUGAGGCGGGAACGGUUUUCUGCUGCUUUUUUUUGGGCCCCGAAAAGGGUCAGCUGGCCGGGCUUUGGGGCGCGUGCCCUGAGGCGCGGAGUGCGUUUGCUACGAUGCGGGGGCUGCUCGGGGCUCCGUCCCCUGGACUGGGGACGCGCCGAAUGUGACCGCCUCCCGCUCCCUCACCCGCCGCGGGGAGGAGGAGCGGGCGAGAAGCUGCCGCCGAACGACAGGACGUUGGGGCGGCCUGGCUCCCUCAGGGCUCUGGGUGUGCCCCUGGUAUUCAUUCUGUGGUGGGAAGAAGGAAUGGAACUUAUGUGUAUCCUUGAGAUGUGAACGGGUUCUAGGGGGUCACUUAAUCUAAGUGGGAAAUGAAUUCAAGGCACGUUCAUUGAGCGUUUCUGCUUGCCUGGUCCUCUGUGGGCUGAGUGGAGAGAUUCUGCCCUCCCUGCGCUCCUAAGGAGUGAAAACAAUGCAGUGUGAUAAGAAUUGGCUUAUCAAGUGUUGUGGGGAUUUAGAACAGUUAGUUUUGCUUGGGGAGGAGUUAAGGAAGCUUCUACACUCGAGGAGACUUCUGAGUCGAGUUUUGAAAGACCGGUGAGUAAGUGCUCACCAGGUGAGGAGGAGCUCAGGGAACAGCUGGUACAAAGGCUUAGAGGCAUGUGGGAGUUGGGAUGAGUUUGGGGAGCAGCAACUUGCCUGGGGUGCAGGAAGGAAAUGGUGAGAGAUGAGUAAAAUAAAAGUUGCUAGAAUUGUGAGGGGGCUGUCUUUGUUGUAGAUAGUGAACUAGUUGAAUUUGGAUUAUUGUACAUGGGUUGCUGAAUCUUCAUUCUUGCUGAUAAUUUUCUCCCUUUGUUGAUGUUGAAGCUGAUAGUGAUUGAACAUAUUUAGUUUAACUUAAUGACUUUAAAAUUUUUUUUUAUUUUUUCAGAACAAUUCAAACUUUUUUUUUUUUUUUUUUUUUUUUUAAAGGAACAGGAUCUCACUCUGUCGCCCAGGCUAGAGUGCAGUGGCAUGAUCAUAGCUCGGUUGCAGCCUCUAACUCCUGGGCUUAAGCAGUUCUGCCUUCGCCUCCUGAGUAGCUGGGACUACAGACAGGUUUAAGAAUUGUUUAAGCUGCAUCAAUGGAGCACAUACAGGGAGCUUGGAAGACGAUCAGCAAUGGUUUUGGAUUCAAAGAUGCCGUGUUUGAUGGCUCCAGCUGCAUCUCUCCUACAAUAGUUCAGCAGUUUGGCUAUCAGCGCCGGGCAUCAGAUGAUGGCAAACUUACAGAUCCUUCUAAGACAAGCAACACUAUCCGUGUUUUCUUGCCGAACAAGCAAAGAACAGUGGUCAAUGUGCGAAAUGGAAUGAGCUUGCAUGACUGCCUUAUGAAAGCACUCAAGGUGAGGGGCCUGCAACCAGAGUGCUGUGCAGUGUUCAGACUUCUCCACGAACACAAAGGUAAAAAAGCACGCUUAGAUUGGAAUACUGAUGCUGCAUCUUUGAUUGGAGAAGAACUUCAAGUAGAUUUCCUGGAUCAUGUUCCGCUCACAACACACAACUUUGCUCGGAAGACGUUCCUGAAGCUUGCCUUCUGUGACAUCUGUCAGAAAUUCCUGCUGAAUGGAUUUCGAUGUCAGACUUGUGGCUACAAAUUUCAUGAGCACUGUAGCACCAAAGUACCUACUAUGUGUGUGGACUGGAGUAACAUCAGACAGCUCUUAUUGUUUCCAAAUUCCACUAUUGGUGAUAGUGGAGUCCCAGCACUACCUUCUUUGACUAUGCGUCGUAUGCGAGAGUCUGUUUCCAGGAUGCCUGUUAGUUCUCAGCACAGAUAUUCUACACCUCACGCCUUCACCUUUAACACAUCCAGUCCCUCAUCUGAAGGUUCCCUCUCCCAGAGGCAGAGGUCGACGUCCACACCUAAUGUCCACAUGGUCAGCACCACCCUGCCUGUGGACAGCAGGAUGAUUGAGGAUGCAAUUCGAAGUCACAGCGAAUCAGCCUCACCUUCAGCCCUGUCCAGUAGCCCCAACAAUCUGAGCCCAACAGGCUGGUCACAGCCGAAAACCCCCGUGCCGGCACAAAGAGAGCGGGCACCAGUAUCCGGGACCCAGGAGAAAAACAAAAUUAGGCCUCGUGGACAGAGAGAUUCAAGCUAUUACUGGGAAAUAGAAGCCAGUGAAGUGAUGCUGUCCACUCGGAUUGGGUCAGGCUCUUUUGGAACCGUUUAUAAGGGUAAAUGGCAUGGAGAUGUUGCAGUAAAGAUCCUAAAGGUUGUUGACCCAACCCCAGAGCAAUUCCAGGCCUUCAGGAAUGAGGUGGCUGUUCUGCGCAAAACACGGCAUGUGAACAUUCUGCUUUUCAUGGGGUACAUGACAAAGGACAACCUGGCAAUUGUGACCCAGUGGUGUGAGGGCAGCAGCCUCUACAAACACCUGCACGUCCAGGAGACCAAGUUUCAGAUGUUCCAGCUAAUUGACAUUGCCCGGCAGACGGCUCAGGGAAUGGACUAUUUGCAUGCAAAGAACAUCAUCCACAGAGACAUGAAAUCCAACAAUAUAUUUCUCCAUGAAGGCUUAACAGUGAAAAUUGGAGAUUUUGGUUUGGCAACAGUAAAGUCACGCUGGAGUGGUUCUCAGCAGGUUGAACAACCUACUGGCUCUGUCCUGUGGAUGGCCCCAGAGGUGAUCCGAAUGCAGGAUAACAACCCAUUCAGUUUCCAGUCGGAUGUCUACUCCUAUGGCAUCGUAUUGUAUGAGCUGAUGACAGGGGAGCUUCCUUAUUCUCACAUCAACAACCGAGAUCAGAUCAUCUUCAUGGUGGGCCGAGGAUAUGCCUCCCCAGAUCUUAGUAAGCUAUAUAAGAACUGCCCCAAAGCAAUGAAGAGGCUGGUAGCUGACUGUGUGAAGAAAGUAAAGGAAGAGAGGCCUCUUUUUCCCCAGAUCCUGUCUUCCAUUGAGCUGCUCCAACACUCUCUACCGAAGAUCAACCGGAGUGCUUCCGAGCCAUCCUUGCAUCGGGCAGCCCACACUGAGGAUAUCAACGCUUGCACGCUGACCACGUCCCCGAGGCUGCCUGUCUUCUAGUUGACUUUGCACCUGCCUUCAGGCUGCCAGGGGAGGAGGAGAAGCCAGCAGGCACCACUUUUCUGCUCCCUUUCUCCAGAGGCAGAACACAUGUUUUCAGAGAAGCUGCUGCUAAGGACCUUCUAGACUGCUCACAGGGCCUUAACUUCAUGUUGCCUUCUUUUCUAUCCCUUUGGGCCCUGGGAGAAGGAAGCCAUUUGCAGUGCUGGUGCGUCCUGCUCUCUCCCCACGUUCCCCAUGCUCAAGGCCCAGCCUUCUGUAGAUGUGCAAGUGGAUGUUGAUGGUAGUACAAAAAGCAGGGGCCCAGCCCAGCUGUUGGCUACAUGAGUAUUUAGCGGAAGUAAGGUAGCAGGCAGUCCAGCCCUGAUGUGGAGACACAUGGGAUUUUGGAAAUCAACUUCUGGAGGAAUGCAUGUCACAGGCGGGACUUUCUUCAGAGAGUGGUGCAGCGCCAGACAUUUUGCACAUACGGCACCAAACAGCCCAGGACUGCCGAGACUCUGGCCGCCCGAAGGAGCCUGCUUUGGUACUAUGGAACUUUUCUUAGGGGACACGUCCUCCUUUCACAGCUUCUAACGUGUCCAGUGCAUUGGGAUGGUUUUCCAGGCAAGGCACUCGGCCAGUCCGCAUCUCAGCCCUCUCAGGGAGCAGUCUUCCAUCAUGCUGAAUUUUGUCUUCCAGGAGCUGCCCCUAUGGGGCGGGGCCGCAGGGCCAGCCUUGUUUCUCUAACAAAACAAACAAACAGCCUUGUUUCUCUAGUCACAUCAUGUGUAUACAAGGAAGCCAGGAAUACAGGUUUUCUUGAUGAUUUGGGUUUUAAUUUUGUUUUUAUUGCACCUGACAAAAUACAGUUAUCUGAUGGUCCCUCAAUUAUGUUAUUAUUUUAAUAAAAUAAAUUAAAUUUAGGUGUAA